CACGCAUGCGCAACUUUGACAGCUAACUAGCGCAGCGCACUUCGGCAGCCAGAUGACACUAGCCAGCUAGUAAGCUACAAUAACGUUGCAUAAGUGUGUCGAUACCAGCUGUAAAAUCACACUUGUAUUUACAUCCCAUGGGACAAUUAUAAUUAAUACAAGUAUGGCGGAAUUAUCCACAAGCUCUGACAGCUCUUCACCCCGUCCCACAGCGUUGUAGUUAGCUAGCUAGCUAGCUAAUGUUGAUAGCAUUGGAUAGCAUCAACGCUAGCUGGCUACAACGGAUUCUCACAAGCUGGCGACAUAAAAUCUCACCACCAACCAUGGGAAUACUUUUUACUAAAUUAUGGAGGCUUUUUAAUCACCAAGAGCACAAGGUUAUUAUUGUUGGCCUCGACAAUGCUGGGAAGACCACUAUUCUUUAUCAGUUCUCAAUGAAUGAGGUAGUGCACACCUCUCCUACGAUCGGAAGCAACGUGGAGGAGAUAGUAGUCAACAACACCCACUUCCUGAUGUGGGACAUUGGAGGUCAGGAGUCCCUGAGGUCAUCCUGGAACACAUACUACACAAACACAGAGUUUGUGAUUGUGGUGGUGGACAGCACAGACAGAGAGAGGAUCUCGGUCACCAAAGAGGAACUGUACAGAAUGCUUGCACAUGAAGAUCUGAAAAAGGCAGGGCUGUUGAUCUUCGCCAACAAGCAGGAUGUGAAAGGUUGCAUGUCAGUGGCCGAGAUCUCUCAGAGCCUGCAGCUUACCUCGGUCAAAGACCACCAGUGGCACAUCCAGGCCUGCUGCGCCCUCACCGGGGAGGGGUUGUGCCAGGGUCUCGAGUGGAUGAUGUCACGGCUGCGUGUGAGAUGAUGACCUGUGACCUCGGAUCAGUAGUGUGCCCUUGUUCUCUGUUUUCUUCACUUCUGGACGUGAGGUUGGGGGGCGAGGUCAGUUGAUGGAUGGCUCCUCUACUCCUCCCCAUGGAGCUGACUUGGCCAGGCUGCUGCCCAGGAUAUUACAUUCUUUCAUCUUAAUUUAUUUUACAAAAACACUUCUGAACUGAAAACACUCAGAACAAAGAAACUUUCCCUUUUCAGGAGGACAUUGGACAAAAAAAAGAGACUGAAACUAAUUAAAAUUUCUGCACGGUUUUCCUUACAGUGAUACAGAGGUCAGCUGAGUGGCUGACUUGGGACUGUACAUGGACUUUGUCUUUAGCUGUGUGUGAGUCUCGCCCAGUGUGGCCUUGCAGUAUUGCCGGACUGGCUGUGGUGGUUUUAUUGCCCCCCUGUGUGUACAGUCCAGUAUUUACAUUAACCUCGUGCCUGCAUCAGAAUCUUCAAGCGGUGACAGCUGAUGAUGACUGAAACAUGCAGAAUUGAGGGUGAAAUUACAGUAUGCUCUCACCCUUUCAGCCCAUAUGAAAAACAGUGAAAUAAAGUGUUUUUAUCUGUUUCAGGUGAAUUUCAA